AGUGUGUUUGAGCCCGGACUGCAGCGAAGGAGCACAGAGACGCACUGACUCCACCGGGUAGAUGCAGUGAGACUGAGACUGAGACUGAGCUGCGGGUGCAGAGAUCGGCACACUAUAAAACUCACGAAGAUACUUAGGACGUGCUUGCAUGAGAUACGGGGGGUAAUGAAGAGUAGUACAACGGGUUUGAUUGAAGAAUUGAGAGUGUUUUUUCAAAAUGACACGGAUUUGCUCCCACGCAAAUGGUCAUUUUGCAAAGAUGACAUAGCACUUGAGAAAAUGGGAUCCCUUCUGGAACAAGACUCACUAACGACCUGAAUGAAAAGGGAAAGGGGAUUCUAUUCAAAUCGGAAAAUUGCUUCCUCUUUUCACUUGACACCCCUCGUUUGUGAGUACGUAGUGAAAUAUGAAUCUGGGAAAUGCACUUCUGCUUUUCCUCCUUUCAAACUGUGUGACAAUGACUCUGUCGCUAUCCACGUGCACCACUGUGGACAUUGGCCACAUUAGGAAAAAAAGAGUGGAGGCGGUGCGGGGACAGAUUCUCAGUAAACUCCGGCUGACCAGUCCGCCUCAAACAACAGGUCCAAGUCAGGUACCGUCUCAGGUCCUGGCCCUUUACAACAGCACCAAGGAGCUCAUUGAGGAGCUGGGAAGAGAACGGCAUCAGAGCUGUGGACAGGAUAACACGGAGACUGACUACUAUGCCAAAGAGAUUUACAAGUUCAACAUGAUCAAUGGUCCGCCGGAAAACAAUGACCUCCCCUACUGCCCCAAGGGCAUCACCUCCAAGGUAUUCCGCUUCAACGUCUCCACCAUGGAGAAGAACUCCUCCAACUUAUUCCGGGCCGAGUUUCGAGCCCUGCGGAUCCCCAACGCCGGCGCCAAGAGAAACGAGCAGAGGAUUGAGCUCUACCAGAUCCUCCAGAAAGACGACCCCAAAGCCAAACAGCGCUACAUCGGGGGCAAGAAUGUCCUGACCAAGGGAACUCCUGAGUGGGUGUCCUUCGAUGUCACAGAGACAGUGAGAGAAUGGCUGAUGUACAGACAGACCAACCUCGGCAUGGAGAUCAGCGUGCAUUGUCCCUGCCACACGUUCAGGCCCAAUGGGGACAUCAUCGAGAACGCCAACGAGGUGCUGGAGGUCAAGUUCAAAGGUACGGAGGCCGACUAUGACGCCAGAAAACAAAAGGAGCAGCUCUACCCCCACCUCAUCCUCAUGAUGCUGCCCCCCCACAGGCUGGAUGCCCAGUUCUCCUCACGCAGGCGGAAGCGGGCGCUCGACACCAACUACUGCUUCAACAAUUACGAGGAGAACUGCUGUGUCCGCUCGCUAUUUAUUAAUUUCCGGCAGGAUUUGGGCUGGAGGUGGAUCCAUCAGCCGGAAGGGUACUACGCAAACUUCUGCUCGGGCCCCUGUCCUUACCUACGCAGCGCAGACACCACCCACAGCUCGCUGCUGAGCCUGUACAACACGUUGAACCCGGAAGCCUCGGCGUCGCCCUGCUGCGUCCCUCAGGACCUGGAGCCCCUCACCAUCCUCUACUAUGUGGGUCGCUCCCCUAAAGUCGAGCAGCUCUCCAACAUGGUCGUCAAGUCCUGCAAGUGCAGCUAAAACAUCCCGGGGGCCUUCGGGGGGGGGGGGGUGGGGGGGGGAAGAGUGAGAUGUGACCCCCCCCUCCCCCCUCCUCCCCCCAUCACGACUCAGGAGGAGCGGGUGUGAGGGGUUGACUUUGCCCCACAAAAAGUACCUCCAACCCCUGCUUCAGCCCUGCCUGAGCUCUCUCUCUCCCCCCCCCCCCCCC